AUGGAACGUGUAAAAAAUCGCACUACUCGUUCGAAGCAAUUAUCAUUGACAAGUGAUCUGAAGUUGGAAAACAUCGAUAUCGACACAGGUCUGGAGAACGACGUCCCUGAAGUUGAGACCGUCAAAACCUGCAGUAUUGAGAUACAGACUGAACGAAUGCCAGAAGAAGAAUACUUUUCCUGGAAAUUCAGUUUCUUAUUUCGUAGUCGUGAACCAUGCAAAUUGGAUAUUCGAAGGUUAUCUAAAGAAAAUAGAUUACUCUUAUUUUUGAUUAAAUUUAAGCUUGGGUUUACUUUUUGUGCUCUUGGAUGUUUAUUGAAUUGUCAUCGUAGUACAGCAUCUCGUAUUUUUUACUCAUUACUUGAGAUUUUAACUCAAAAAAUGAAAUCAUGGAUCUUUUGGCCCUCAAACGAAAGGGUCAAGGCAAGACUACCUAAAUUGUUCUAUAAUUAUUCCAACUGUCACUGCACUGAAAUUCCUUUUUCCAAAGCUUAUGGAGGCAAGGCAACUGAUGCAUUCAUAGUCAAUGAUUCAGGUUUUCUUGCCUUACUAGAGCCAGGUGAUGAAAUUUUAGCGGAUAAGGGUUUCCCGCAAAUUCGAUCGGAAUUGACAAAGCGGAAUGCCAUCCUUACAAUUCCACCUCACGCAUAUAAUCCACAAUUUACAGAAGAAGAAGUUGAAUCAACCGAUAAUAUUGCCUCCGUACGCAUUCACAUUGAGUGAGCCAUCCAAAGGAUCAAAUUGUUGCAUACAUUGGAUCAGUCUUCCCUAGACUUACUACCCUAUGUCGACUCCAUAAUGCAAAUAUGUUCCAUUAUCGCUAAUAGUCAACCUCCAUUGAUAAAAAAUGGCUAA